GAGACCCGAGGAAGCUAUAAAAAGUGCUUUCAUGCCCGCUGAUGUUUCAGCUCCAUGUGCGCAGUCAACGCCGAGGAGAGCAAUUAACGCCAACAUGUCCGCUUUGGGGGAUUAAAUCAUCACGCCCAUCGCUUUCAAUGCUUCUCGGCACACCAAAAUAAUAUUGCACGUGUUUUGUGUAACUGCCUCUGUUUGACACACCUCUCCUUUAACUUUCUCCCGAGCUGGCUUUUCCCAGGCGGGGGAAGUGUGGCUCAUCGAACCGUUCGUGGCUGCUCCUCAUUUAUUUAUUUAUUUAUUGACUUAUUUACUUACUUGUUGGCGUUUGAUGCCACGGCAAUGGGACUUUGCCAAAGGGAGAACGUGUUUGCGCGUUGCUGGAAAAGUUUGCUUUGGACCGUGCUGGUGCUCUGGCUGUGCACGCCCGCUGACGGAACCUGGAAGACUGGACUUUACAAAAGCAGAGCGCAAACUGCAGCCUCUCAUCCCGCCGUCUAUCAAAAAAGAAACUGGUGUCCGCAUACAGUCACGAGGACCGUGAGUUGCCAGGUGCAGAAUGGGACCGUCGUGCAGCGAGUCUACCAGACGUGCCGCUGGCCACAGGGAUGUACAGGUGGCAGCUACAGGACAGUUGUCAGACCUUCCUAUAAAAUGGUGUACCGCACUGUGACCUCACUGGAGUGGAAAUGCUGUCCAGGAUUCAGCGGGACCGCCUGUGAAGAUGAUGCCGGGAAACAACAGGCGGCUCAAGAGGCAGUAAGAAAAGCAUCCACACUGCGUCGCCCACCUGCACGCACAGGGGAGCCCCUUUCAUCCUGUCUCAACUGCAGCCGAAUCACAGCAAUGAAUGACAGGCUGAGCUCGCUGGAGGCAAAGGUCCAAGUACUCACCGCCUUGCCAUCCAUAUCGCAACGGCACCCUCUGUCUAGAGGAAGAGUUACACCUGAGAGCGCCUUACUGUUGGGGGGGGCCGCGGCUGCUCCGGGGGCUCCCGGUGAGCGGGGACCUCCCGGUCCUCAGGGUGAAAAGGGCUACGAUGGUCUUCCGGGCAGAGAUGGGAAAGCAGGAUCUCGAGGCUUGCCAGGUCCCGUUGGACCUCGGGGUGAAGCGGGCGCAAGGGGGCCAGCUGGAAGCCCUGGUUUGAAGGGAACCUCAGGACCCGCAGGCCCUCGGGGUCCCCCAGGACUUCCAGGAGAGAGGGGCCUACCCGGUCCUCCAGGACCACCUGCUCAUGCUAGUGCCCGCAUCCCCGCACCAGACAAUCGUGGAAAGGACCCCUUCUUCACCAACACUUUCCAUGAUUCCACACCAGGACCUCAGGGACCCCCUGGACCGCUUGGUCCCACAGGUCCAAAAGGCCCAGCAGGACCUCCUGGCCCACAGGGCCAGAACGGUAAACCUGGCACACCUGGAACACAGGGUCCUAUGGGGCCAAAGGGAGAGCGUGGGGAAAGAGGUCCAUCAGGUUACCCGGGAGAUAGGGGCUUCAGGGGCGAGCCGGGCUCACCGGGUCCCAAAGGAGAGUCUGGAGAGAAGGGCUUACCGAGCAAUCUAAAUGGGGACGGAAUACAUCAGAUCAGAGAGGCGCUGAAGAUCUUAGCUGAGAGGGUUUUAAUCCUCGAGACUAUGAUCGGUAUUCAUGAACCUGAUCUAGGCUCUGGGGAUGGACCCUUUGGCACAGCCUCCCCUAGUUUCUACAGAGAUAAGCGUGCAGGUCCGCUUCCAUAUCGACUUGCUUCUCCUCUGUCCUCCGACACCAAGGUUCGAGGGAAGUAACCCCCCCCCCCCCCCCCCGAGGACUGCAGUCUGGUUUGGCUCCCCUUCCUAUAGGUCGCAUCAGCACUCCACACGUAUUUGACAGCCUUUUUGAGGGGGCUUUCCUGUCAGAUCUCGGUUGGGGGACACCUCAGGGAAAUGCCAAUGAUACUCCACCAUGUCCUCCUGCACCUGUGACAACUUGUUUGACAUCCCCCGUCACCAUAACCUCUCCCAGCUGCAGCUCCCCGCCUCUCACACCUUUGACAAAAGGAAGCUCUGAAUUACCUGUGGUGCUCCUGGGCCCACACGUCGGGGCGAUCGGGGUCCAUUUGUAGAGAUGUAACAUAAGAGACUGGACUCGCUUUUGUAAUUCUUUCUCAAUGUAACAGCAAUGCCAUGAGAUCUCAUUAUUUAAGUAUAUUGAGCAAGUACAAUUUGCAGAACUACACAGAUAAACUUCUAUUAUUCAUUUUGCUAUAUCUCUUAUAUUGUUAAACUCAGUGUUAUGUAGUGCACUGAAAAACAGUCGUCGCUACUUCAAUUGAGAUGUGUUGCUAUAUGUGAGUGUCACGUGUUUUCCAAGUAAAAUACACACUGAAAAAGUGAUCAAAUAUACUAAAACAUAUUUACAUUUUUUUUUUUUUUUUUUUGCAUAUCCUAUGAUCCAGUGGAUUUGAUUUAAUUCUGAAAAUAAUUGAGAAAAAAACUCAACACAGGAAAUGGCAAAACUGGAACCACUGAUGUUGGUGCUGUCAUGGAAGACUUUUUUUUUUAUCAUCGUAAAUCAAAUUUAUUGUGAAGUAUUUAAAAUUGUCUACGGUAGUUUCUUUUGUAUGCUGUCGUAUAACCAGUUCCUAUUUUGAAUUUUUAUUUCCUGCAAAUGUGUUAGUGCUAAUAUAAUCCUGUCUCCUGAUGAUCGCUGUAAUAAAACAAUGUUCACUGUUUUUUUUAAAAAACAUGUUAUGUCACAUU